AAGUUAGAGGCAAGCGUGAAGGGCUUGUCAAUUUAGAAGAGGGCAAGGCAACUGCUUUGUAACAAAUAACAAAAUUCACCGUCGAAAUCGGAUACAAACAUGUUUGCAUUUAUCAUUAGGCCUACUCGGCCUUCUUAGCCUCUACCAGACUUCCUAUAAAUCACAAUAUCAACAAUGAUUCUUUAAUAUCCUCAUCCAUCCCUAUCUUUAUUUUUAAGAAUGCCGAAAUACCAUCAUGGAGGACCGUUCGGAAGACAUCAGUCCUUUCUCGGAAUGGCCUCGUCGCAGGAGUACCACUAGUCGAUGGAGACUUCGCAGCAUCUCCGGCGUCGACGGACCAACAAGCAGGUUGCCCUCGUCGUCGGUGGCAUCCGUAACGACUGCGAACCUGACCACUCGGCAAUAUACGAAGGAAACCUACAACAGCGCGCCCGUCUCCCCUAACACCUUCAUCGACCCGCCACGACCGGCCAGAGAUGGGUACGAGUGGGUCUGGUUCCCGGGAGGCUACUGGGCCGAACGCGAGAUCAUCGAAAGCCCUAGCAAGGUCAUGAAGCAUUUCAGGUGGCGCAAGCGCUCCGGCAAGAGCAGCUCCGGAAAAGACAUGCAGGACGACUUACAGCACUCCCCAAACAGUAAUGCGUGGGCUCAGAUGCCCCAGCCCAGCCCCUUUCUCACCGAGGAAGCACACGUCCAGUCUCUUCAACGACCUACGUUGUCGCGCAAGGGCACCAGUAGCGAGAGCUGCGGGUCUAUGUUCCCAUUAAAUCGAACGCUCGUACAGACGCCUCUAAGUAGCCCCUAUCUGACCGAAGAGGCCCAUGUCCAGUCACUCCAAAGAUCGCCCUUACUAUUUGGUUGCCAUGGCUGUGACAGCGGUACAUCCAUCCCGAGACUGACUUCGAAGCCUAUUCAGAGUUCGCCGCUCACGAGCGGUCACGGAGGUUCAGACUCCGCUACUCCCACCGGAACGCCUGUAGAGAAGCCGACAAGCACUGCAACAGCUUCCCUUUCUUCCAUUAUUCACAUAUCGACGACUAGCCAGGAGGGUAAGUCCAAAAAGUCGUUUAUGGCGAGAAUCCUCCCAGAUCAUAAACCGAGGUUCAAGAAGACGCCCGACGACGACGAAGAUUUCAAUUAUAGCUACGUGAAGAGUAAGCUCAUAAGCCAUAGCCAAAGCCCGUCGGCCAUGCGGCGCGUAACAUCGCUGCUGCGGGAGGAAGGUAAAGAUAAGAAAGGCCGAGGCGAUUGGUCGCGCAAACUCUUCGGCAAGAGCCCCUGGCAUCGCGAAGCCUCUGCUAGCUCCGAGGCUAGUGUCACAAGCUCCGUUUCGAGCUCCGUCCGCGACGUACUCCGCGGCCGGACGCCGUUUACUAGUCCGGUUUCCGAAAUAGACCGGUUCAACUCUUUCAGCGCACAAUUCCCAGGUGGUGAAGCAACGCGCAUAAAGACGCCACCGAUCCGCGAGAGCGGCCACCGCGCUGGUCGACCGCGCUCAUUCUUCUUCGACAUCUCGACGCCGCCGGCACGCGCUACCAGUUCAGGAAGCAGUGAAGAGCAUAUCGAACCCUACAACACCCCUUUACCUACUGCCAUUAUCGAGCGGGAUGAACAAGACAAGGGUGAGCCAAGGAACGAAAUGGAAAAGGAGAGGGGGAGGGAGAAGCGGGAUCUAGGCGACAAAGAAUGGUGGGAGGUGCCGGUAGCCGUGCCACGGUACGGGGAGAUGGCGCCCAGUUCCUUCGAGUUUGAUAUGCCAGAACAUCUACCCAGCAGUCCCAUGUGCCCGGCCAACACGCGCCACAAGUCCGGUGGCACCGGGGUCUGCGUGUACCACGGCCGAAGGAAGAGGAGCGCCAAGGAGAGGACUACGAGCAGCGGCGAAGCCCUGGAUAGAGACGUAUGGGUAGAGGCAGAGAAGAAAUAAAGCCAGUACUACAGACUACACUGUUUAUAUGCAAUACGUCGUGACCAUACCACUACCACAAUGAUUUCAUAAUGCCAUAUAUGUAUUGCUUGCUGCCUUUUUUUACAGUGGCGAUGUUACAUGCACCAGAUAACCGAACCGAACCGACGGAGGAGAAAAAACAAAGAAUCACGCAUUCCGAACCAAAUCAACCCAAACCCGUAUCCC